CGCAUCGCUUCCCAGGACGUCAUUUCCGCCUCCUCGUCCUAACUUCUCCGCUGUCCGUCCCCCUCUCCUUCUGUUCCCCACUAGCAGCCUUUUGGGAUCUCUUCUCCGCCGAACGCUCGCCGCCGAUUUUGGGGAUCUCAAUCCGGACGACGCAAGUUUUUUCCUGGAAUUAGGGAGCUUAGAAGUGAAAUUCGGCUCCGGAAUCUAGGGCUUUGGAAGCUUUUUGUGUGGAUUUGCUAGGGUUUCUGCUGCUUCCCUUGCUGCUUCAUGUUUUAUUUGGUGGGUUUUGGUACAUCUGGAAUGCAAGAUUGGAACUGGAAUUAGCUACUGAGGUUGUUAGACUUCUUCAAUUCUAGUAUAAUUUAGCGAAAUUGUUGGUUUAAUAAGGCUUGAAGUUGGGGAAAUUCGUGCUUUAGAAUCAGCUGUUCCGUACUAGGGUUUCUUCUGUUGGAGUUCUAGGAAUUUUUGAUGUUUGAUUGAAUACUGUGGGGUUUCUUUAAGAGUUCUGUAAUUGGGCAUGUGGGUUGCACUUGCUUGGAUUCACGGGUUUGUGGGCGUGAUGUUUUUGGAUUUCUGGGGGCGCAGCGAGGCGGACUGGGGAAACCAUUGGGCUACUGUUCUCCUAUGUUCCAUGUCCUGAGGGGCUUGAAAUCCCUUAACUUUAGGGGGUUUUUUGUUUUUGGAAUUGAGGGUUUAGUUGUUCUUAGGGACUUACUGGAUUGAUGGAGGCUGGAAUUGGGGCCGAAAGCCAUCCAUUUUAUGGUUCUGGAGUGUCGAACUUGAAUGGGAUUGGAAGGAAGAACUUUGAAUGGGACUUGAAUGACUGGAAGUGGGAUGGCGAGCUGUUUAUAGCCAGCCCUUUGACUGCUGUUCCAUCGGACUGCAGGAACAAGCAGCUGUUCCCUGAUGCAGCAAAUGGAGUGCUGUCAAACAGCUCAUCAUCUUGCUCUGAUGAGACUGAUUUUGGGAAAGGAAAUGGUGAAGCGGAGAAGCGAAGGAGGAUUGUAGUGGUGGAAGAGGAUGGACCAUAUGAUGGAGCUGGAUCUCUUGCUUUGAAGCUCGGGGGGCAUGCUUAUCCUAUCCCAGAGCCCGACAAUGCGAAUUGUGAAGGAAAGAAUGGAAAGAAGAGCAAGUUGGAGGGGGGCAAUUCUAACCGUCCAACUUGCCAGGUGGUGGGCUGUGGGGCUGACCUCAGCAAUUCCAAGGACUAUCAUAGGCGGCACAAGGUCUGUGAGAUGCAUGCAAAGGCCAGCACAGCAAUGGUUGGAAAUGCUAUCCAGCGUUUCUGUCAGCAAUGUAGUAGAUUUCACCUUCUUCAAGAAUUUGAUGAAGGGAAGAGAAGUUGUCGUCGACGUUUGGCAGGCCACAAUAGACGAAGGAGGAAAACCCAUCCUGAUGUCACUUCCAGUGGAACUUCUAUAAUUGAUGAUCAAUGUAGCAGUUAUAUAUUGAUGAGUCUACUAAGGAUUCUCUCGAAUUUGCACUCUCAUAGCUCCGAGCAGUCAAAAGAUCAGGACCUCUUGUCUCAUCUUUUGAGGAACCUUGCCAAUCUUGCUGGUUCUUUUGAUGCAAAAAACCUUUCUGGGCUCCUGCAAGCUUCUCAAGAUCUGCAAAAAGUUGGGACUACUGCUGGAACAUCAUCAGAAGCAGCUAAUGCUCCGGUUUCAAAUGGUGCUCCUGCACAAGAAUCCGCAAGGCCCUUGUGUUCAGCUUCUAAAAAAACCUGUAUCUCUGGUACUCAGGGUCUGAUGCUGACUAAUCAUAUGGGACUAGUUGCUGCAACUAUGACAGAGAUGCCUUCGAAAAUGAUGGUUUCCCCAGAGUCUGCUAUCAAGAGAGUCAGGUUGAAGGACUUCGAUUUGAACAGCACAUAUAGUGAAGAAUGUGGAGAUGGAUCUGACAAGCCAAUAAUCCCUGUACAUUUGGGGACUGGUUCUCCUAAUUGUCAGUCAUGGUUGCAGCUGGAUUCACGACAGUUGAGUCCACCUCAAACUAGUGGUAAUUCAGAUUCAACAUCGGCUCAGUCACUAUCUAGUUCCAAUGGAGAUGCUCAGUGUCGAACAGAUAAAAUCAUCUUAAAGCUCUUUGGUAAAGAUCCUAAUGAUCUUCCUCUUGUUUUGCGUGCUCAGAUCCUUGACUGGCUAUCCCACAGUCCUACUGACAUUGAGAGUUAUAUUAGGCCUGGUUGUAUUAUUCUAACAUUAUAUCUUCGUCUAGCUGAGUCUGCAUGGGAGGAACUUUGCUAUGACUUAAGCUCCAACCUGAAUAGGCUUUUGCAUAACUCCAGUGGUAAUUUCUGGAGAACAGGAUGGAUAUAUGCUAGGGUACAAGACCAUAUAGCGUUUAUUUAUAAUGGCCAGGUUGUGCUGGACACACCUUUGCUUCUCAGAUGUCCCAAUAAUUCCAAGAUAUUAUGUGUGACACCUAUUGCUGUUUCUAGUUCUGCAAGGGUUAGCUUCACUGUGAAAGGUUUUAACCUAAUUCGGUCAACAAAUAGGUUACUCUGUUCAUUUGAGGGAAAGUAUUUGGCCCAAGAAACAACACAGGCUCUAGUGGAGGGCACUGGUACAGGUGCUCAGCAUGAGGGAUCUGAGCACCUUAGCUUUUCUUGUUCCCUCCCUGAUGCAACAGGGAGAGGAUUCAUUGAGGUUGAAGACCAUGGCCUUAGCAAUUGCUUUUUCCCCUUCAUAGUUGCAGAAGAAGAUGUAUGCUCUGAGAUACGUAUGCUGGAGAAUGCAAUCGAUGUAAUCACAUGUAAUAACCAAGAUCAAGAAAGAGCAGAUGCAAAGAAUUCCAGAAAUCUAGCUCUAGACUUUUUGAAUGAAUUUGGUUGGCUUCUCCGGAGGAACCACCUGAAGUCUAGAACUGACCAAAUUAAAUCUUUUCCAAAUGCCUUUACCCUGACACGGUUCAGGCAGCUUAUGGCUUUUGCCAUGGAUCGGCAAUGGUGUGCGGUUGUGAAGAAGCUUCUUGACAUCCUAUUUAAUGGAACAGUAGAUGUAGGUGGGCACACUCCUGUGGAGCUUGCCUUGUCAGAAGAUCUGCUCCAUGCGGCUGUUCGCAAGAACUGUAAGGCUAUGGUAGAACUUCUGUUAAAAUAUGUACUGGUUAAAACUUCAAAAGAGACUGGCCAUGGUAAAUUUUUGUUUAGACCUGACAUGGUCGGCCCCUCCAGUAUUACUCCACUUCAUAUUGCAGCAGCCAGUAGUGGUGCUGAUGAUGUAUUGGAUGCACUGACUGAUGAUCCUGAACUGCUUGGAAUCAAAGCGUGGAAGAGUGCACGUGACAGUGCUGGUUUCGCUCCUGUAGACUAUGCCCGUGCUCGAGGCCAUAAAUCCUACAUAGAUAUGGUUCAGAAGAAAAUUGAUAAGCAACCAGGCAAAGGUCAAGUGGUCCUCGACAUUCCUGGCAAAUCAGUGGCACAUGAUUCCUAUAAGCUAUCGGAUGGACCAAACUUUGGGAAGCUAUCGGGUUUUGAGAUACACAUGAACAAGAUGGGACCAGCCCAGCGAAUGUAUUGCAAUCGCUGCAGUCAGCAGGAGCUGGCUUACCGAAAUUUUGGGGCGAGGACGUUGUUGUAUAGACCAGCAAUGCUCUCUAUGGUGGGCAUUGCGGCAGUUUGCGUUUGUGUUGCUCUUCUGCUCAAAGGGCCGCCGGUAGUUUUCUCUGUGUUCCCGUCAUUUAGGUGGGAGUUGUUGGGCUAUGGAACAAUGUGAGGAGUUGCAAGCGCCAUUAACAGUCAUCAAUUUGUGGAGACUUGUUGCACCGUCAUCAACUUUGUAACAUAAUUUUUUAUUAAAUUAAAGCAGAAUCAUCCUAUUUUUUUGUCA